UGCAGGGAUUGAGAGAUAUUUUCGGCACUGCUCAGACUCCUAGCGUCAUUGUAACCGAUCGAGACGAAGGUUUAUCUGCAGCUAUUCGUGACGUCUUCCCAGAUGUGCGGCAUUUGUUAUGCAUCUGGCAUAUUGGCAACGACGUUGAGAACAUGGUGGACAAGUUGUGUGGCGGCAAGAAAAAUCAACAAGGGCAGGUAUUCAGGAAAAGUAGAUGGAACCCCUUGGUUGAAAGUUCUACGAUCGAGGAAUAUGAAGAUAAAUGGCAAGUGAUCGUCAGUACGUGGUCGCUUAGGAACAAAAAGGUCGUUCGGUAUUUGACUGGAACAUGGAUUCCACUGAGAGAGAAAUUUGUCCGUGCGUGGACGAAUGAUUGUUUACACUUGGGUAACCGGACUACCAGCAGAGUUGAAAGCCAACACUCGUCUUUUAAGUAUUACCUUCGUCCGGGGCUAUGUACGGGUGUGAGCACACUUUGA